AUGCGGGUUCUGGUGGUGAUGCCGACGGUCGUCGAGAGGUUCGUGAACUGGAUGGUGUCGUGGUUGCCGAUGUACGAAGAGGCGAAGCUGCUGCUUAUCAUCUACCUCUGGCACCCCAGCACACGGGGUGCGGGGCACGUGUACGAUGGCUUCCCCCAUCUGCUGGUGGCGUGGCACGAGGCUGACAUCGACCGAGGCCUGCUUAAGCUGAGGGCUAGGGCGAGGGACGUGACGGCGUCACAACUCAAGGCGGCGGCUGCAAUCGGUCAAGUGUGGCUCGUCGAGGCUGCCCGUUGUGUUCCGUCGCAGCUGCAGGAUGCGAUAUCAGGCCGGGAAGGUGCCACGCAUUGA